CCCAGCGAGGCGGAGGCGGGGCCAAGGAGGGUGAAAUCAGUCACUGGAGACUUCUCUGUGCUUCCCCUUUCACUCUCAGAUGCCACUAGGGUCCCCGACGAGGGAAGACACGAGGAAACAGGCUCAAACCUAGACGCAACGCCAUGCAUCUCCUCGGCCCCUCGCUCCUGCUCCUCGAAUACUUGGCUUUCUCUGACUCAGUUCCGUGGGAAUUUGACCACCCCAACACUCUCUACACCUGGGAGGGGGCCUGCGUCUGGAUUCCCUGCACCUACAGAAUGCCAAAGAGUGGAAAGUACCUCAACAGCCUGAUCCUGUACCACAGUUAUAAGUAUGACGAAGUCAGCAAGGAGUACAGGGGGACCAUCCUCUAUAACAAGACGAACACCGAGGAGGCUCCCAAAGACAGGAGAGUAGAGUUCCUGGGAGACAACAGAUCCAACUGCACCUUCCGCAUCGACCCUGUGAAAGUCAAAGAUAGCGGUCAGCUGGGGCUGAGGAUGAUAUCGGGGUCUGACAAAUGGAUGGAGGAAAUAGGCCUGAACGUCUCUGAGACGGCUCCUCCACCACGCAUCCAGCUCCCUCCCGAAAUCCAGGAGCUCAAGGAGGUCACUCUGACCUGCUCGCUGAAUUUCGCCUGCUUUGGGUACCAAUUGCAGUGGUCCCUGAAGGGGCCUGUUGUCUCCUCGACCUCCCUGACCCCCAAGACCGUCUCCACGGAGAGCAAGCUCACAUACCAGCCGCAGUGGACUGACCACGGCAAGAAUCUGACCUGCCAGCUCUUGGAUCCUGACCAGCGGGUACUCUCGGAGGAAACCGUGCGGCUGGAUGUGAAGCACCCACCAAAGUUGAAGAUCGAGGUCAGUCCCAAAGAAGCCACUGUAACAAAGGGGGAGGAGGUGACCAUGACGUGCCAGAUCAUCAGCAGCAACCCAGAGUACCGGCAUAUAUCCUGGCUCAAGGAUGGGAUCUCACUGAGGCCGGAGGAGAUGUGGGGGGUGCAGGAGAAGCUCAAGCUAACUCUGUCCACAGUGACCAAGGAGAUGAGUGGAAAGUACCAGUGUGAGGCCCUCAAUGACAUAGGCUCAGGAAAGUCGGAAGAAGUGGACCUCCAAGUGCUUUAUGCUCCGGAACCUUCCAGGGUUCAGAUCCUCCCCUCACCAGCUAAGGAGGGAAAUUCAGUAGUGUUGACUUGUACAUCGCUGGCCAAUCCUCCUCCAACAAAUUACACCUGGUAUCACAAUGAGCUGGAGGUGCCGGGAAGGACAAAUAAGACCUUCCACAUCCCAGAGGUCCUCCUUGGGCAUGCUGGGACUUAUUCCUGUUUCGCAGAAAACAGACUUGGUCCUGGACAAGUUGGCCAGGAGGCAGAGUUGGACGUCCAGUAUCCCCCCAAGGAGGUAAUCACAGUGAUUCAAAACCCUGGGCCGAUUCGAGAAGGAGACGAAGUGACCCUGUCCUGUAUCUACAAUUCCAGUAACCCCGGGGUUACCGAGUACAGAUGGAACCCCCAGGGCACCUUGCAGAAGAGCUCAUCUCGGCUGCUGAAGAUUCCAAAGGUUGCCUGGGACACCAAGCCCAUCACCUGCUGGGCCUGUAACACGUGGUGUUCGCAGGGUCUGCCUGUCAACCUGGAUGUCCAGUAUGCCCCCAAAGAUGUCAAGGUCCUGCUGAUCAGCCCCGGUUCUGAGAUUUGCUCUGGGGACAAGGUCCACCUCCAAUGUCACUUCUCCAGUAGCCGCCCCACAGACGUCCACUUCUUCUGGAAGAAAAAUGGGAUCCUUCUGCAGGAAGGAAGCGAACUGCGUUUUGAUGCCAUCUCUCCGGAAGACGCUGGAAGUUACAACUGCCUAGUCAAUAACUCCGUAGGGCAGAGCACGUCUGAGGCCUGGAUGCUCCAAGUGCUAUAUGCACCUAGGAGGCUGCGUGUGUCUGUUAGCCCGGCAGAUGGAGUGACGGAGGGGAAGAAGGUGGUCCUGACAUGUCAGAGCGAUGCCAACCCCCCAGUCUACGAGUACUCCUGGUUUGACUGGAAUAACCAAAGCCUCCACCGUUAUGAUCAGAUGCUGAGACUGGAUCCUGUGAAGGUCCAGCACUCAGGCACCUAUCGGUGCAGAGGGACCAACCGACUGGGGGUGGGCACGUCGCCCCCCAGCACCCUCACUGUCUACUAUAGCCCAGAGACCAUCAGCAGGCGCGCGGCCUUGGGAGUGGGGUUCUGCCUGGCCAUCCUCCUCCUGGUAAUAUGGGGAGUCAAGUUCCAACGGAGCUGGAAGAGGAUUCGGAGCCGGCAGGAGCUUCAGGAAAAUUCCAGUGGGCAGAGCUUCUUCGUGAGGAAUAAAAAGAUCAGGAGGGCCCCCCUCUCUGAAGGCCCCCACUCCCUGGGCUGCUUCAACCCAGUGAUGGAAGAUGCCAUCAGCUACGCUGCCUUGCGCUUUCCCGUUGGCGAGACUGACACGCAGAGGACUGGAGACACAGAGCCCUCAGAGACACAGGGACUUUCCCUAAACAUGGACGACACGGUCACUUACUCUGUGGUGCAGAGGCGUCAUGUGGGCGACUAUGAGAACGUGACUCCAGCUGUUCCGGAAGACGAGGGGAUACAUUACUCGGAGCUGGUUCACUUUGGGGUUGGGGAGCGGCCUCCAGCUGAGGAAGGAGUAGACUACGUGAUCCUUAAGCACUGAUGGCCAAAUCGGCUGAGGUGGGGGAGCCCAGGGGCUGCAGGGGCCAGGACAGGCCUGGGGCUUUCCCAGCCUCUGCUGCUCAGCCACAAAGCGCCAAGCCUUGCCCUCCACACACACAUUCACACACACACUAUUACUGCAACACCAGUCGUGCGGAGAACUCUGUGCACGGGCCCGUGACAGUCUUCUUUCUCAGCACUGGUAACCCCGACCCUCCAAAGGCCUGCCCUGGUCCUUCCACCCUCCUUCCCACCUGGAAACUCAUCUAAACACCUGCCCUGUGCUGUACAAACCCCCAGCCCUCCCCAGCCUUCUGCCACCACUCACCCCUCCCGAGCCCCACCACAGCUGGCUGUGUCCCUGCCGGGCUCAGCUGGUCACUGUAUUUUCUUUCCCUCCCUAUCCCUUUGACCCCCUACUCCUGCUCUGAUAGCCCCACUCACUAAUCUCAUGCCUGAUGUUUGCCUCUGGGGCAAAGCCCAGAAAGAGGGACAGAAACGAGGCAGACAGGGGCACUCUCCCACACUGGUUUCUCAUCCCCAGGGAAGCCAGGCAGUCCAGGGAGAGGGUCACACUGCUGCAGCCUCGGCCUCAGGGGUCCCGUGGUCUGAGCCAUACCCCGGUGUGGACAAACAUCUUAACAAACACAGA